AGUUUCAAGCGAUGCAUGGGGGGCGCGGCCUUAGGUAAAAGCGUGGAGGUGGACACGGGCUUGUGGGCAAGAUGGCGCAAUCGAACUACGAUCGCCAACUUCAGCGCUGAGAAAGAGACUUUUAGCAUGGGGUGUGGCACAUACCUAGUGUGGGCUGCGUGACAUUUGUGUCCUUCUUAUAGGGUAGCACAUCAUCGCUCAGGCGCGCAAGAACGUCAGUUUUCCACACCCCCCAGCUCGACUGUACACCCGGCCCCAUAGUCAACCACGAACCGUUCGCAACGUACAACCCUACUUCUUCGCAACCCAGACCCGGGCGACGACCACGACCCGAAUUAUCCACCCCCUCUUCCUCUCUGUCUACCAAGCUGGCUGAAUGCGUAUUGCCGAUGGAGAGUAAUGUCGGAAACUUAUCGCCAGCAAGCUUUUGGACGGCCGACCUUCAUCGACGCGUCUGCGAGUGGGAGUUCGUCUGGACGUGACCACUUCGAUAUCCUCGACGCCGCCAAUCUCUACCACGACCAGCACGACUAUCCAGGCCAUCGUGUGCAACCGCUGCACAUAGCAGUGCAGGAUGGCUACCCACCAGGCCACCAGUUUGCCUAUCCGUCGCACAGCAGCGGCGUGUCGCUCCCAGGCCUGCAAUACACCUCGCCAACCAUGGCCGGACACAUUCCCCAGCCCUACGAGCACGAGAGUGCAAUCCAAGUUCUAGAGGAACUCCAGGGCUUCUCUCCCAUCACCCCAAACCCCUACGGCAUCAGCGCCUACCGCACGCCAUACGCCGACAGCAACGCCACAUCCACUUCUUCCGCCACGUCUCCUGACCCCGCCAAUGCCGGCGUCAUUACAGAUGCUGUCAUCGUCGAGGCGGACGAGGACAAGCGGAAGCGCAACCAAGCCGCCUCUGCGCGCUUUCGCCAGAAGAAGAAGCAGCGCGAGCAGCAACUCAUGGAGUCGAGCCGCGACAUGCAGGAGCGGACCAGGAAACUGGAAGCUGAAAAUGAGGGGCUGAAGAAGGAGAAUCUGUUUUUGAAGAAGCUGCUUGUUGAAAAGGUCGAUCACAUGAGCGACGAGGACCGCGAGAUGCUGAAGAAGGCCACCGAAGGCACGCUGAACGGGAAGAGGAAAUGAAAGCUAAUGAGGCUUCACGAACUGUGUCUUUGAUUUUUCCGACGAUGGCUAAUGACGGGGUCACCGGAGCUGGGGAGUGAUUGUUGCAAGAUACACCGGGUG